CUCAAAGUUGGGUCAAAACAAACACUAGUUUUUGUUUUUAUAACUUUUAAAUCAUUUUGUUUUUAGUUGUUUUUAUCACUCAUUUUGUGUCAACAUUUAUAGCCAUCGAUGAACACCUGAAGACAUGGAACUGAACACCGAUGACAAUAAAAGCGCUCAAAACAUGGCCACCGAUGGACGACAGUAUACGUUAGCGGAUCUCGGCUUAAGAGCGGAACCGCUGGUCAGACAGACACCUAUUGGACCCACUCGUUCCCUAUACUCGCUGUCGGCCUUCGAGUGGAUCUAUCUGUUGAUAUCGUUGACAACAGUGGUGUCUGUGUCGGGCAUUUGCGUCGACCGUCUUAUAGCGCUUCCCAAAUCGUCUCAAGACUUUACGUUUGCGUUACUUCUCCUCUGGACCACUGGUUUCUCAUUGGUUUACGUGAUUCAGGGAGUGGUGAGAGAGCGUGUGCUCGAGUUGUUGGCAUUUGUGGCCACGAUUUGCAUACUUAUGCUGUACGUGAUUAUCAACUACUGUGCCUCUCAAUCGCCCUCCACUCUCAAGAUUGUGCGCCUAACGAUAACGUGUGUGUUCGGGCCGAUACUCAUACUGACGGGCCUUAUAUAUGUGCGAAAGUAUUGGCAGUCCAAAAGUCUCAUCUAUCGGACGGUCGGCGCCAACAUUAAGAUGCAAAACAUGUGCGAAACACUGUUUAUAGCCCAGAGUUUGCUUAUAUUUGAUGUACAAUUGAGCGCUUCUUCGCUCAUACUAUGGCUAAGGAAUGGUAUUGAGUAUUGGACUUCGACCGAGAUUAUUGUAGUCAGUGCUGGAACUGCUAUUACAAUACUUUGGACAUUUAUCGGAUUGUNACACUUCGUCGUCGACACCCUCUGA